UAAACAGGAUGAUGAAGAUAUAUUAGAUGAUGUGUUUGAUCUGUCUUAUUCAAAUUCGGGUAGUGAUUUUGAGAGUGUUUCAUCAAUAGCAUUUCCAAAAUUAGCUGCUAACUCAAAAGUAAAGGUAAAUUCUAAUUUGGAAAAGACAAUUGGAGAUAAACAGAAUGGUCGAAACACUUCAAAGAAGAAAUUCCUUAUUGAAGAUGUCAAUGGGGACAAAAAUACCAAUUUCAAGCGCAGAAAGAAAACAUGA